ACACCAAGCAAGAUAAUCCGUCGUCUCGGGUCGUUAUAUUAGUAGCUACCUAAGAAACAAAGGUUUUUAGAAGUCAGCGGUCGUGCAUUGGAUUCGUAUCGCACAUUGUUGAAUUAGGAUACUGAGCGAAUCACAGGAUUUUAGACGUUAAGCUUGUCGUGACUUUAAUUCUUAUCGCAGAUUGUGAAAUUAGGAUGCCAAACGAGGUAAUACAUCAUCUCGAAUCGUUGUGUUAGUAAAUCUGUAAGAAUCUAAGGAUUUUUAGACAAAAAGCGGGUCGUGACUUGGACUCUUAAAAGUGAACAAGAAUGGGAGCACUGGACUGCUUAAGGAGUAUACGUGAAUGUUCUACACUUUGGUUUUCUGUACUGGUACCUUUGGUUGUUUUACCGUUGCCAGUUUUACACCCCAACGAUGUUUCAAGAUGUGCAUACUGUGUUAUAGUUAUAGCCCUCUUUUGGAUGACUGAAAUCAUACCACUAGCAGUUACCUCUCUUUUACCAGUCAUUCUAUUUCCUUUAUGGGGGUUAAUGUCUGUGAAGGACGUGUGCAGUAGCUAUGUUAAGGACACGCUAAUGUUAUUUCUCGGUAGUCUUAUUGUAGCAGUAGCCGUAGAGAGAUGGAAUUUACAUAAACGUUUGGCAUUGAGGACACUUACUCUAGUUGGCCCAGAACCAAAAUGGUUGAUGUUAGGUAUUAUGUUUCCAUGUUGGUUUUUAUCUAUGUGGAUGAGUAAUACAGCAACGACAGCUAUGAUGAUGCCAAUAGUUAUAGCUAUAUUGCAUCAGAUAAAAGAAUGUAGACAAAAGAUUAGAAAUCAGAGUGGUAUAAUGUUAUCGGAGUUAGGGAAUGGUCAGACAACACACAAUGAGAACAUUGACGACUCUGAUGAAGCUAACACGAGUUCUGUUUCAGAAGAAGAAGAUAAAGAAUUCACAAUUUUGGCAAAAUCAUUUUCCAUAUGUGCAGCUUAUGCAGCUAACUGUGGUGGUAUGGCCACGUUAACGGGGACUCCACCGAAUAUUAUUUUCAAAGGGAUCGCUGAUGGAUUAUAUGAGAAAUAUAAUACAGAAAAUGAUGUCAAUUUUGCUAACUGGAUGCUUUUUGCUCUUCCCAUUUCGACAAUUAUAUUUAUAUUCUGCUGGGGCUGGUUAACCUUUUUUAUGAAAGGAAAAUAUUGCUGUCCAUGUGUAAAAAGUAAGGAAGACAUGACGUUUGAUCCCGUUAAACAAAUAAUAAUGAAGGAAUAUUCUGCCAUGGGUACCAUCACGUUUCCAGAAAUAGUGGUAGCUUGUAAUUUUGUGAUAUUAGUGUUAUUAUGGGUAACAAGAAGUCCCGGCUUUGUACCAGGAUGGGGAGCUUUAUUUAAACCAGGAUAUGCUAAAGAUUCUACAAGUGCAAUAUUGAUAUGUAUUAUGAUGUUUAUUCUACCAGCAAAACCUCCUAGAUGUUUUAAAAGAAAGUCAUCAGCUUACGAUAUAGAAAAUUCCACAGAGUCUGAGAAUUAUGUUUAUGAACCUUUGUUAAAUUGGAAGAUUGUCCAUGAGAAGUUAGCUUGGGGUGUUUUAUUGUUGAUGGGAGGAGGCUUUGCUCUAGCUGAUGGCUGUCAGAAAUCUGGUUUCUCUGAUUGGAUUAGUGAUAAUUUGAUAGGUUUAGCUGCUUUACCACCAUGGGUGAUCGCUAUGUUACUGUCUAUUAUUAUAGCUGGUGCCACUGAGAUUACUAGUAAUGCUGCUACCUCUAAUCUGUUUCUACCUAUAGUUGGUAGGCUGGCAAUAGAUCUUGGUAUAAAUCCAUUAUAUUUCAUGAUUCCCUGUACCGUAGCGACGUCAUUAGCCUUCUUAUUACCAGUUGCAACACCACCAAACGCUAUAGCUUUUUCUUCUGGUUAUCUUCAGGUUAAAGACAUGGUUAAAACUGGUAUCUUCAUGAAUAUCUUUUCAUUGGUGGUUGUAAAUAUAGCAUUAAAUCUGUGGGGAGUUCCUAUAUAUAAUCUUCACCAUUUACCAAAGGAAUUCUUUAGUAAUUACAGUGCUACGCCUACGGUUGUAAAUGUUACUCUGUUAAAUUAACCUGGACAUUGUUUUAUUCAGUUAGAAGUUGGCCUAGAGGCUUUUAAAAUAGUUUAGUUUAUAAUACACUGACGAAGACAGAUCAACAGUAAAUUUCGCCUUUCAGAGAGAGAGAGAGAGAGAGAGACAGAGAGAGAGAGACAGAGGGGGAGAAGAGAGCUUUUACGUUAACGAUUUUUCUACAAUAAAGUUCUAUGCCACAAUAUAGCCUUAUAUUCGGAUUUGUUUGAGGGAAGUUGGUUUGGCACAAUUAAGUCAUUCAGUAUUUAAAGUUCCAUAAUAUUAACAAUUCAAAGAUUAUGAAUCUCGCUAGAUAAUAUCGGAAUUUUUAAUGGUCUCAGAUAUAUUUGUAUAUUGCUUAUCACCCAGUUUGAAUUUAAAUCUGUUGAUAUUUUAUAUUGGUCAAUGUAAUUUUUAUUUCCAUUGAAGUGGUGGAAAAUGUGAAAGCUAAUAUCUACUCCUUUCGUAGACGCAAAAAAUUCGUGAGAUCUUACAGAGUCAUAUAUCGUCAUUUAAUCUCUCAGAUUUAAUCCCAGAAACACAUUAUUAUAGUGGUAUUCGUGUUAUUUAUUACGAAAUUACUUUGAAACCUAAGCGAAUAAGUAAACAUAUAUAGAAUCUUAUUUAAAUAGUUUAUAUCGUGUUUAUUAUAUAAUGUCAGUUCAUCAUUUGCUUAUAUUGAUAAAGACGAGAGUAUCAACGUCGAAACGUUGCAUGUUAAUAAACCAUGAGUGUUAUUGAGUUUAUAUAUUGCUGGAUAGAUUGAGAGUCGUGGUAGUUCUGUGAUUAUGUCACUGACUGACUAACCACAAACUCCUUACAGUGUUUCAUUUUAUUAGAGCUAAUCCCACUACUCACUCCUGUAAAGAAAGCAAAUUCUUGUUCUAAAUUAUGAGUGGUCAAUAGUCUGAUUAACAACCAAUAGCUAACUGCGUAACAAUACCAAACAGAGCUCCAAAUUGGACCAAAUAUGUUUACAUAACGUUACGUCAUGACUUACGAUUUCAUUAUUCUCAAUUAACCAGUGCAUAGCAAAAUAUUGCAGAAAAACUAAUUGUGUGACAAACAAGGCUAUCAAUACGGAUAUAAUGUAAACAAUAUUGUUUUGAGACGAACAACACUUUCACCGUUUUAAAUACCUUAAAUCACUGUCCAAAGUUUUAGGGAAGGCCCCUGAUUAAAAGAAGAGCUGUCGUGUUGCUGUGUUUGGGGAUAGAUUUGAUUGAACGGGAAGAAUAGACACACUCCCUCAAAAGCGCAAGUAUCAGAAGCUAAUCCAGCAAUGGACAGAGGGAUUUCUCGGGCCAUUGCUUCAGGAAUAUGGACUAACCAGGGUGUCCUAGGUUCGACCCCGACUGGCAAAGUUCCAGUCUGGUUUUCCCAUGUCGUUUGGAAUAUACAAAAGUCCAGGGUCCCGUGUACAUGUGGCGUGCAUAAUUCGGAGAAACUAGGUGGAAGCGCCACAGUUCGGGCAAACUUUACCCGUCUUCAUUAGCGCUCCAGUUCCUAAUUGUGUGAAUGAUUUUUUCAACUAAACUGUAUGUGGCUACUUUAAGAUGAUCCCGUUACGUUAUAAUACAA